GAAAAUAAAUAAAUAAAUAAAUUAAGAAAAAAUAAAUAUUAAUUAUUAAAAUUAAAUAAUCAAAAAAAAAAUUAUAGAAAAAGAAAAUUUCGAUUAUUAAAAAUUGAAUUUUUAAUAUAAAAAUUCACGUAUUAAAAUUGAAAGUAUUCUAACCUCAAAACUAAUUUGAAAAUGUGUGUUUAUAAUAUUUGACAUACAUACACACGUAUACACACACUAUAUGCAUGUGGCACAUAAAUACCAAUAAAAAGGAAGUGGUCAUUAUUCCAGGAUCUUUAAUAUUUAUAUUGUGCGAAUUUAAAGAUUAUUAUUAGAAGAAAGAAAGAAAAACAAGAAAAAUUAUUUUGAAUGAAAAAUAAAAGAAAGAGAAAAAAGAAAAAAAAUUUUUAAAUAAAAAAAUUUUUUUAAAAGAAGUUUUAAAAAAAAAGAAAUUAAAAAUUUUAUUUGUGUUGCUGUUUUUCGUUUUUUUCCUUUCCGUUUGUUUGUUUUUUCUGUUUUUUUUUUUCUUUGUGUACAAGAAAAAUGUGUUUUUGCCAUCAUACCGUAUAAUGUCGUGCGUAUAUAUUCGCGUUUAAAACAAGUGAUUGUAUGUGAGUAAAUGUGUAAUUUUUUUGAGGUUAAUAAAUAACUGUAACUAUAUUUAAUAACAGAAAUGAACAGUUAAAUUAAAAAUUACCGUUAAAAUAUAAAUUAUACACAUACAUAGAAUCGCGGGUGUAUAUUAUUAACAUAUAUAUAUAUAUAUAUACAAAAAUAGAGUUAAAAAAUCAAAGUUAAAGAAAAGUUGAAUAAAUAAAUAAACAACAACAAUAACAGCAACAGCAACAAUAAGCAUACUAAUAAUAAUAAAAAAUCAGAAAUCACAAUAAUAUAAAACGAAAUAAAAUAAACAAGAACAGAAAAACAGCAAAAAAAAAAGGAUAAAUGAAACUCAAUUGACACUUGGGAUAAAGAAGCGUAAUGGCAGCAUCAGUAUAUGCUACGCCCCCACCAGAUUUGAGUAGUGAAGAUACAGCAUUAAGUGAUGCAUCAAAUUCAUCACAAAUUAGUAGUACAAGUUCACAUCAUAGUAAAACAACAAAACGUAAUAUAGCAUCAGUGCUAUUAGGUGGUAAUAAUGGUGGUAUUAAUGUUAAUAAUAUAACAAAUUCACAAAUAAUAACUGGACAAACAACAAUAACAACAACAAUAACAGCAACAUCACCAUCUCGACCAAGUUCUAUGUCAUCAAAUUCACCAAUUGAUUCAUCAAUAGAUCAAUCAAAGAAAAGAAGAAAACAAACAACACCAAUUAGAAUAUCUGGUGUUACAAAUACAACAGCACAACAAUCACAACAACAACCAGAACAACAGCAGCAAUCACAGAAUCAACAGGAACAAGAAUCAACUAGUUCAAUAAAUAAUCAAGAAAUUGAAAAUAUUUCUUCAGAUAAAAUAAAUUUAAAUAAUUCAAUAAAUUCAUCAACACAAAAUUUAAAGACAGAUCCAAUUAACAGAGAAAAUUUUAUAAUUCCAAUAGCUGAUAACCAACAAACUGAAUUACAAAAGGCAUCACAACAACAAAAUAAUGAAAAUCAAUGCAAAACAGAUGAUAUAAAAUGCCAAAGUACAAAUGAAACAUUAAAUAAAAACUCAAAAGAGAAUUGUGACAAAAGUAAAGAUGAAAUUGAUGAAAGUUUUACAGAAGUCAAAGAUAAAACAAUAAAAAUUGAACCAACAAUUGACACAAUAACAACCAAUUUAAAAAACAUAUCAAAAAACGAAACAGAUUUGAAUUCAAAAUCAAUGAAGAGUAAUUUACCUUUAUCAAUAACUGAAACAGAAAAUUCCAAAAAUCUUACAACUGAGGUUGAGAAUUUUAAAGAAAAUUCACAAACUGCAAGCAUAAUUAAUCAUCCUGAUAUUUUAAUCAGUAAUAGAAAUAUUGGUAAUUUUCGUAAUAUUGAUUAUUGCCAAGAAUGUGGUGAAAAAUUUGAUAGUGAAUUAAAACUGAGUGUUCAUAUAUUACAAGCUCACACAAUACCAAAGGUACAUGUAAUACCAAAGAAUAAUUUUCAAGAUAAAAAGAAUAAUUUAAUUGAUAUAAAGAAUGAAAACGAAGCAACAGCAACAAACACAGGGACAUCGCCAUUAUCAAACUCCAAAAACGGUCUAGAUAUAACACCCGUUCGAAUAAAAUUAGAAAAUUCUGAUUCAGAUAGUGAUUCGGAGAAUGUUAACAACAACGGCAACAAUAAUAAAUUAAAACAAAUGUCUCCAAUUGAUAGCCAUAUAAAUAAUAAUAAUAAUAACAGUAGUAACAAUAAUAAUAGUAAUAUGAAUGGAAAUCCUAAUUUACCACCAUCACGACCAGAUGAAUGGUUGUCAUCAAUAUCUAGUUUAGGUUUUCCAUUUCCGCCAGAAGCGGCAGCUGCUUUUUCUGCUAGCAAUUAUCUAUCACAAUUACCGUUAUUAGGUGUACCUCCAGUCGGAACUUUUAAUCCAGUUGAAGGAUUAUCGAGACCACCAUUACGCAUUUUUAAUCCAGAAGCAUAUUGCGAUUUAUGCAAUAAAGAAUUUUGUAAUAAAUAUUUCUUAAAAACGCACAAAGCUAACAAGCAUGGUAUUUAUGAUCCAGUAACUUCUUCAAGUGAUAGUACAGGAACAGCAUCAAAUCAGUUUAAUCAAAUAUCACAAGUAUUACAGAUGCAAUUUCAUCAACAACAACAGCAACAACAUCAACAGUAUGAACAUCAUAAACAAUUACAACAGCAGCAACAAACUCCACCAUCACCAAUAGAUAUAUCAGCACAACAACAAAUAUCACAGUUACAACAGCAAUCUCAACAGCAUUCAAGUCAACAUCAUUCUCAAUCACAAAAACAACAGCAAUCUUCGACAUCUACAGCUUCCCAGCCAACACCACAGUCUUUAAUGCCACCAGAGAUCACUGUAUUCUGUGAUAUCUGUAAUAAAAGAUUCACAAAUAUAUUCGCUAUGAAACGUCAUCGUUCUAAAGCUCAUGAAAUACCAAGGCAAACAGUUAGUCCAAUAUCUGCAACAACAUUAACUAGUAAUAAUAAUAGUAAUAAUAAUAUCAAUAAUAAUACAACAUCUCCUAAUAGCUCAUCAAAUCUGAUGAAAUUAGAUACAACAGGAAAUAAACAAAAUACAACAAGUAUAGUACAACCACAAUCAUUAUCAAUAUUACAACAAAAUGAACAACUUCAACAUCACGAACAACAACAAAAUCCAAACAGUAGCAACAGUAACACUAGUAACACUAGUAGUAGCGGUAAUAGCGAAAAGGAUAUUUCUUCCUCAUCUAAUAAUUUAAGUACACAACAACAAAAUCAGCAACAAUUACUUCGUAUACCAGAAGGAUUUAAGGAGGAUUAUACAUUAGAACAAGAAGAAGUUUCUUUUACCCCUCAGCCACGAAAAUUAUCUCCAUCAUCGGUUCAACAAGCGAGAGAAGCAAAUUUCUCUUUUGAUAAACUGAAACGGUUGGGUGUUAUUAAUCCAGAGGCAUUUUGUGAUUUAUGUUGCAAAGAGUAUUGUAAUAAAUAUUUUUUGCGUACACAUAAAUUGAAAAGGCAUGGAAUUUUUAUACCAAUGGAUGAUUUGAUACCAACAUCAACAAAUCCUAUUACUGGUAAUUCAAUCGGCAGUAACACAAACCUUAAAGAAAAUGAAAAAAAUUCUAUACCAGUAUGGCCGCCGUUUGUACAACAAAUGCAACAGCAAAUGCAACAAAUACAAAUGCAAAUGCAUCAAGCAACACCGCUUAAUUUAAUGAUGGCGGCAGCUGCUGCAGGUGUGCCACCGAAUGUCACUGAAAAGAGUCAACGUAGACCAAGUGAAGAUUCUGAUGACGAUAUGAAUACGGGCUUAAGUGAAACAAAUAGUUUUAAAAAAAUACGUCUUGACAAUAUUUUAACCCGCGCAGAUGAUGAAAAAAGACCCGUUAGUAGCAGUCGGAAUCUUCUUGAACCGGACGAAAAAACUGAUAAACGAAACGAAAAAGAACUCAUUAGUAAUGUUGGUGAAAAUGCAAAAAAUAUUGAAAUUCCAGACAAUCUCACCCAACUAAUGCAGGAAGGUUUAGUAAAUGCAGCCGCUGCGGCAGCUUUUGCCUCAACCCAUGAUCCUGAUGCAGUUGGUUUAGAUUUACAAAAAUUACAAUCAAUGAUUUUGCAAUUAAAUGACUUAAAUGGCCAGAAACCAACUGUGUGUAAUUUAUGUGGAAAAGAAAUGGAAAAUCAAUUUCAUUUACAAGCUCAUUUAGCUACCGAACACAUUGGUAAUUUAAGUAAUUCUAGUGAAGACAAUAAUGUUUUACGUAGCCAAAUCGAAGCCGGUCUUUUGCCAUUCAAAUCACACUUUGGUAUUCCAUCACAGCAAUCAUCUCCAACAAAUAGUAAUUCACCUGAAAUUUGUAAACAAUGCGAUCGUGAAUUUCCCGGUUUAAUGGAAUUGAAACAGCAUAUCAUUGAAUAUCACGGACUAAUGUUAAGUAGUCCGAUUCGUGAAGGUUUUAUCACACCAGAACGAUCAAUACCUGGUGGAGGUAGUUUAACUGCACCAUCUACACCAAAUCAAAUGGAUCGUAAGCCCCUAUAUACGGUAACUCCAACAAGUAGUUAUUGUGAAAUAUGUAAUAAAGAGUUAUGCAACAAGUAUUUUAUGAAAACUCAUAUGCAACGGAUGCAUGGUAUCGAAAUAGAAAAUGGAGCUCAAAUCGGUGGUGUAGUAUGUAAUAUAUGUAACAAAGAAUUGUGCAGUAAAUAUUUUUUAAGAGUACACAAAACAAACAGUCACGGUAUUGUUGAUGAAGGAUCGCCAAUACCAGGACCGAUUCCUGGUAAAUUUGACGAAACAACAAAAAAUUUAUUCGAUGCAUUUGAUAGUAAAUCUGGUGAUUUAUCUGAUUUAGGUGCAAGAUAUUUUACACAUUAUACCGAAGUUUGUCCACUAUGUAAUCGACGAUUCAGAAGCUCAAAAUGGCUAAGAGCUCAUUUGAUGAGUGAUCAUGGAAAAAUUGGAGUUGAAAAAUUACAAGAAUUAGCACAAAGUAUGAUAUUUAGUAAGCCAGGCAGUCCAAGUCCAACACAAUUAAAAAUACCUAACGGUAAUGGUGGUCGACCAGAUGGAGGUAACGGUAAUAUAACGCCAAGUGGUAGUAAUGUUAAUAAUCUAAUAAUGGGUGGUCUAAAUAAUUUAGAUCCAGCAUUUUUAGCAAAAGCUUCACCAUUUCCAAAUUUAUUCAUGAAAUCAAAUAAUCCAAAUGAUGAACAAUCAACAUCACCUUCAUCAACAAAUCAACAAUCAAGAUUUCAAGAAUAUCAAUGCUCAAUUUGUCCAUUUACAACACCAUAUUACGCUUUUCUUUUUAUUCAUGAAAGAUCACACAGCAUUUUAAAUUCAAGUUCCGUUGAACAAAAUAAUUCCGGUGAUGGAGAUAGAGAUCGAGAAAUUAGUCGCAACAUUAGUACCGCUACUGCUAUCGGUACUGACAUUGAAGAGCAGUUACGUAACGAAGAAAAUAUAAAAAUUCCUGAAAUUGAUCAAACUGAAAUAACAUUAUCUAAAAGUAGUGAAUUAUCACCGAAACCUGAGAAAAGGAUCAAAACACCAACUAAAACAAUAUCCGAUGAAAAUGAAAAUUUAAAAAAAGACAUUGUUAUGACAGAAAAUGAUAACAGUAUAAAAAAAUCAAAUGAAAUCAAAAAUACCCGAUCAGAUUUAAAAACAGAUAGGGAAGAACAAAAAUCAAAAUCACCAAUGAAAUCACCAUCUCACCAACAAACAACUUUAACAAAUGAAAUGUCUGUAGAAUUAUCAGAAAAUAAAAGUGAAAUAUUAGAAGAAACCAGUCUACAACAAAAACAAGAAAAAUCACAUUUACAAUUGCAAGAAUCUGAACAACCUUUAUUAGAAUCAAAAUUAGAUAUAACAACAUCAAUAGGAACAAAAACAUCAUCUAUAAAUUCUACAGCUGGUCUAACAACAUGCGGUAUACCAAAUUUUAAUACAUUAACACAUCUUGCAAAUUUAUUAAAUCGACCGGCUUCAUAUGCAAUUCCACAAAAUUUUACUACAUCUGAUGGCGAAUUAAUGCAAUCAUUUUUAAUUGAAGAAAAGAAAUUACAAAGUACAACAACAACAUCGUCAUCAUCAACAACUGCAGCAUCAUCAUCAUCAACAACAACGGCAGCAGCAUCAUCAUCAUCAUCAUCUUCAAAAUUAUCAGUUUCUUCAUCUGCAUUACAAGGAGAUGAAGUGAAGAAUAACGAAGAUAUUGUAACAGAUGGAAAGGAUAAUGAUGAAAAAAAUGUAAACAGGUUUGUGCCAGCUGUUAUAUUUUUACCUGUUAGAGAACGUAUUUCAAAUCCAAUAACAGUAUCGUUUACAUUAACACCAGCUUAAAAAUUAAUUUUUAUUUCGCAUUUUCUUCAAUUUUAAAUUUAGUUUUUUUUUUUCUCUGUUUUAAUUUUAUUUU